GCUCAGCUGUGGCAUGUUCGCGGCAUGGCCGCGAAUGGGUCGCUCGAGUCAUGGCGUGUGCCAGGCCAAGCGACUGAAGCACCCGCAAAGCGCCGCAGAGAGAGGCCCAUGCAUGGAGUGACCAUCUCCGACCACGGGGAGAAAACCACUUGGCCGGGCUACUGGGAGGAGCGCCAGCGGAAGUUGGAGUCCCAAGCCGUGGACGGCGCACUCUUCGGCGCCCUCGCCAGCCGCCUCUCCGCGCACGAUUCGGAUGCCGCGGCUUCCGCUUCGAUUUUUCGGAGCUGCUGCAUCUACUUCGACGGGCGCGUGGAUGUGGGAGGCGGUCUCUCCGCCUACGCCUUGAGCAAGGUGGCGCGCCUCCACGGCGCACAGGUGUCGCCAAUGCUGGCCAAGCGCCGGGUGACGCACGUGGUGUGCACGCAGCUCAGCGGGGCCAAAGAACGGCAUGCCCUGCAUGACGCGACCUCGGCCUUCGCCUGCGUGCAGUACAUCGUCCACCCGAAUUGGAUCACCGAGUCCAUAGCUGCAGGGCUUCGCUUGAAAGAAAGCCAGUUCUCCUUGAUGGCGGGCAUCUCCCAGACCUUUGGUCAGAGCAUUUUCCACUGCGAGAAGCGCAAGGCACCGAACGCCUCAGCGGCUCAGGCGCCAGAGGCGCCUGGUGAAAAGCUGCUGACGCGCCGCGUGCUGGCCGAAAUCACUGCGCCCCUGGUGGUACCUGACACCCAGAACUCGCGGGAAGCGGAGUUGGUGGACUUGAGCGAUAGCCCCCCAAAGCCGGCAGCGCAAGAGGUGCCGGCCACUGCUUUGGAUAGCUCUCAGGAGACUGAGCUGGACAGCGACGAAGAAUGCCAGAAUUCGCCCCCGCUGGUUUCCGAGCGCGGGCAAAAAUAUCGCGCCUUCGAGACGGCCUCAGGGCCCUUCCAGCGGACAUUUUUCGCGGAGAUCGCGCGGAUGGCGGCGGUGGUGCUGCGCGGCCUCGAGAGCAAGCCGAAGCUCAACGGCCGGGAGGUGAACUUGGUGGCCUUUCACCCAGAGCGACAGCGAUGGGAAGUGGAGCUGAAGGGUGAGAUGCCCCACCAGGACUUGUUCAAAAUCGAUUGGAGCGAGGAUUGGUGGGAGCCCAUGGAGGGUGAUGAGAAGUACAGCAGCUUGCGGAAGGAGAAAGGACCAACCUUCAAGGAGGUUUUAGAGCAGAAGCUGCAAAAGCAAAGGCUGACCGACACGAAAUCCAUCUUGGUGGCGGAUUGCAAUGGGCGGCGCGUCGCGGUCUUCGACGGCCAAGGGGAACUGCUGACAGUGCUCAGUGGCAAGCACGUCCCGAGAAAGGUGGAGACAGACUGCGAGGUGUGCCAAAGGAGCUUCCCCCUGCAGUUCCAGAAGCUCGCGCCGGAGGGCCGCACCCUGGCGGUGAAGCCCAGCUGCCUCCGCACCAAGGAGGACAACGAAGUGGAAACGCUGAGGCGCCGAAAGGUGGAGAUGACAGUUGGGGCCAUUCACAAGAAGCCGGAGCUGGACGGUCAAGUGGGCCUGCUGGGUGCGUUUCAAGGGUACGCCAACUGCUGGGAGGUGAUGCCAGACGCCAAGGCCUUGUGGGACGUGAAGGUAGACGGAUCCCCCGCCCCAGUGCUACUUCACUCCAAGGAGCUCAGCGACGAGGCUUCUGGCAAAGUCCUGGAAGACCCCGUGGAGGUCAAAUGCUCGCGGCCGGAACAAGGGCAAGGCCUUUUCGCCAAAGUCGCGAUUCGGCAGGGUGAAAUCAUCCUGGAGGAUGAGCCAUGUUUGCUGGCGGCCUUCAGCUUGGACGUGACCAAGUUGAUCCAUCAGUUCAACCAGCUGCCUGUGAGCAAGCAGGAUGGCCUGCUGCAACUGUCGAAGGGCCCAGACUCCUUGAUGAGCUUGCGCUGCCUGGCUAGCACGAGCUUGCAGGUACAUUCUCGAUCGGAUGCCCAGCAGGUCACCAAGGACGCCUUGCUUGCCUCGCAGGAGUUUCGUCAACUGAGCCAAAGCUUGCAGGAUCAGAUCUGGAACCUCAUGAGGAUCUUUGAUUCCAACGCCCUUCCUCACAGCCGCAGCGAGGGAAAGAUUCUGUAUCCCACCCUGGCGCGGGUGAACCAUUCCUGCAGGCCCAAGGCCACGCUGGGAGAUCCCCAGCAGGUAGUCAGCUCGAAGACGCCGGGCUUUGAGCCCAUCGAUCCCCUCAGGAAGGCGCUCAUCGCCAUCGAGGACAUCGAGGAAGGUGGGGAGAUCACUAUCAGCUACCUCAGUGAUGACGACCUUCUGGAGCCCACGCAGCACCGCCGGGUGAAACUUCAAUCCCGCUAUGGGUUCCAAUGCCAAUGUGCGCGAUGCCUGGAUGAGGAGUCAGACAAAGUGCUGCGGGUCUUUCGCUGCAGCUGCGGGAAGGAGUUGCAAGGUGUGGGCCCCUGUGCCUGCGGCGCGGAUGUGUCGAAGCUGGUGGAAGCCGAGCAAAUGCACGUGAGCAGCUUCGCCAACCUUUGGAAGAGCCUGGGUCACGAGAAGCUGAGCAGCCCCGACGGCUUGGUGGCCAUCGCGGAGAUGGCCGCGGAGUCGAACUUGGCGCCGCAGCAUUGGCUCCUCUGCAAGGUUCGCUACGUUCUGUCUUGCUUCUACGAGAAGAAUCACCGCCCUGCCCUGGCCGUUGAAAAUCUGCAGGGCAUCCUGGAUUUGGAGGAGGCGGUCUUCGGGCACCAGAGCCAAGAGAAAUUGGAGCAGAGAGGUGACCAGCUGGUGCAGAAGGGAGCUCUCACCCAGGCUUUUGACUGUUACGCGGCGGCCUUGAAGGCGCUGAAGCAGCAGUCUCCCAACAACCCGCCAGGCGAUGCGCGGUGCGACCUCAUCCGCCAGAAGCUUCGAUCCGUGCUGGAUGCCAAGAAGGACGAGGGCUAUCCCGCCAACUGAUGGG